CCCAAAGCCCAGCAAAGCCGCCCGCCCUCUCAUCUCCCGCUUCGACAAUGGCGAUGCUGCGACUAGCCUCGAGACCAGUCGUCAUCCUCUCCUCCCUCUUCUUCCCCGGAGCGUCUCCGCCUUCCAUUUCCGCUCUCACCAGACCCUAUACUCUCUCCUCCUCCAUCAUCUCCAGGGCCUUCCUCAGGCCCCCGCCGCCUCGCUCUCCGCCGCCCCCGCCCCCGCCCCCGCCCCCGCCCCCAGCUCUCCGAGCCGCCGGGAUCCGCCCCCACGGCGACCUGGACCCCUCCCACCUCUCCUGCUCCAUGCCGGGCAAGCGGCUCAGGGUCGCCGUCCUCCUCAGCGGCGGCGUCGACAGCAGCGUCGCCCUCCGCCUCCUCCGCGCCGCCGGCCACUCCUGCACCGCCUUCUACCUCAAAAUCUGGUUCCAGGAAGAUUUCGAGAACUUUUGGUCGGAGUGCCCUUGGGAAGAAGAUUUGAAGUACGCGAAAGCUGUUUGUGAGCAGGUUGAUGUGCCUUUAGAAGUUGUCCAUUUGACAGAUGAAUAUUGGAAAAAUGUGGUGUCUUACAUAAUUGAGGAGUACCGCAGUGGUCGAACUCCUAAUCCUGAUGUCCUUUGUAACACAAGGAUAAAGUUUGGUGCCUUCAUGGAUGCCAUUAACAGUAUGGAGUAUGACUUCAUUGCUUCUGGCCACUAUGCGAAAGUUGUCCACUCUUCAAAUCAUAUUGAUAAUGCUUCCGAGUUGAAGUUGUCAGAGGACAUGGUGAAGGAUCAGACAUACUUCCUUUCACAUCUUUCACAGGCCCAGCUGAAGCGACUAAUUUUCCCUCUUGGUUGUAUUUCGAAAAAUGAAGUUCGAAAACUUGCUGCCAGAUUUGAUUUGCCUAACCAAGAUAGAAAGGAUUCACAGGGGAUAUGCUUUCUUGGGAAGAUAAAAUUCAGUGAGUUUGUUGCCAGACAUAUUGGGGAGAUGGAGGGUAUCAUAUUAGAAGCUGAGACGGGGGAUUUCCUUGGGAACCAUCGUGGCUUUUGGUUCUACACAAUUGGUCAACGGCAAGGACUACGUCUUCCUGGAGGACCUUGGUAUGUUGUGGAGAAGGACACUAAGAACAACGUUGUUUUCGUGUCCCGAAAUUACUUCUCAGUGGAUAAAAGGAGGCGCCUUUUUCGUGUUGGCUCUCUCAAAUGGCUUAUUGGGGCACCUCCAACUGAGAUCAGUCAGCUCCAAUGCAAGGUGAGACACGGUCCUGGUUUCUACAACUGUAGUUUGUCUCUAGAAUUGGGUGAGAAUGGCCAGGAAGAUGUUGCGGUGGUUCAGUUGCCUGAAGAUGAUCAAGGCCUGGCAGCAGGGCAAUUCACAGCCUUUUACCAAGAUAGAACAUGCAUUGGUUCAGGUGUCAUAUUGGAAUCUUGGAAUGACCAGGGCUUUCCUGUCUGCCAGAAGGCUCUUGAGAUCGCUAGAAUGGAGGAUAAGUCGAAACUUGGAAAACCGGUUAAGAUUAAGGUAAAACCAGAGGGCACUGUAGGGUAGUUUGAUUGGAAAAAUUCAAAUUUUCAGUUGAGGAGAAGUUCAAUUUGAACAGCAAUGCCUUCAUGGCGCGACAUCCUUGCCAUGCCGAUUUGGCUGGAAAAACGGAGUUGAAGUUUGCUCAAGACCAGCUGUGAUGUAAGAGCUGAGGAUGGUGAAUGUCAGCUAAGUCUGGCCGGUGGGUGGUGGAGACUUCGCAAGAUACCGCCUGUCAUAUGUUGUAUGCUAGCAAAAAGAUCAUUCGGGGUUGAAAGGUGAUGAGUUAUCCGGUCCCCUAAGUUCAUCUUGCGGUAUUAGAGCUCCACUCUGAUAUUGUGUAUGAGACAAAUUAUAUUUUUCCCAAAGGCUUUCUUUUGGGCGUAUUUCAAACCGAAAGCUGGCAAGACGCGCCUGACUGUGUAAAGUACUCCGCAAUUAUUUCAUGUGUAAAAACGUGCGUCUGGAAUGCUGGCUUA